UUCAAAUUCAUUGACCAGUUUCUUUGGCUUUUAUUUUUAUUUUAUUUUUCCAUUGAUUUUCUCUUCUCUUUCACUCUCCAAGAAGACUAUUUUCUUGACCAGGGAACUUUUUAAAGUGAACCUUUUUGGAGAAGUCAAUUAGGGUGAUAAUGGGUUGCCUUCUUUUUGCUUGUUUUUCUGCUUCCAAGAAUGAAAAAGACCAGCAUGUGGUGGAUGGGACUUCCUCUAUUGAUCAGAAACCUGAAGCCAAUGAAGCUGUUCAAUCAAGUAAAGAAGAUUUUGGGAUACCCUUUAAUCCCAUUAUAGUGAAAAAAGAGAAGCUAGGGGAGCUAUUGAAUAACAGUGGUGAAGAGAAGUUAAGUUUUGAUUUGUAUGUGAAGACUCAUGAGGAAUUGGCUGUUGAAUCAUCUGAGAAGUUGUUGAAAAAUGAUGAGGGGAAGGAGAGUGAGGAGACUGUAGUUUUUAAGCCUCAAAACAAUAGAUAUCAGAACAGUGCAGAAAGUGAGGAUGAAUUGAAUGAUUUGGAUUUAGAAAUAAAUGAUUUAGAUGAUGGUAAUGAGGAUGAUGGCAUUGAAAAGGCUAAAAAUGAGUCACAAUUGGUAAUAGAAGAGUCAUCUGAGUCACUGUUUUCUUUGUCAAUAGAGUCUAGGAAACAGGUUUGUGAAGUUGAAUCAGAUGAGAAGGAAGUUAAUAGUCCAAUGCCAAUUGUGUUAAAUCGAAAUGGUAAAGAUAAGGGUGGUCAGUAUGUUCAAUCAGUUUUGAAUCCUGUAGAAAAUCUUGCUCAAUGGAAAGAAGUGAAAGCAAAAGCAAGCAUACCAUUGAAUCUUCAAGAAAAGGAGAACAUCAAUGUAGAGCAAGGUUUUGGUAUACCGAUUAGUGCAGAGCCUAGUUUUAAGCUUGCAAGUUCAAAACUAUGUUCCAAUGGGAAGAUGGUAGGGAAAGAAAGUGCUGUUGAUACAAGUCUUUCAAGCUGGUUAGUGGAACCUGAAAACACACCGAAUUCAAAGGCUAGUACUAAUUCAGUGGGGAACUCAGCAAUAUCCCAGAAGAUGAAUUCACCAAGAAGCCAUGAAGAUAGGCCUAUUUUAGGAGCAAUAACAAUGGUAGAGCUUAAACAGCGUUCUGCAUCCAGUUCUCCAAGAAAGUGCGGGAGCUGGAGUCCAGAUGAAGCGCCUAUCAUAGGCACUGUUGGGAGCUAUUGGAGUCAUACUGGCCAGAACAUAGAUACUGAUUCAAGCUCUCCUAGCAAACGAACACCGAGACACAUUCAGGAAGAGAGACUGAAGUUGAAGGCCAUACCAUUUGGAGCAAGGUUGGAGAGAGCUCUGGAUACAGGGUUGCAGGAGUAUAGUAGGUCUCAUCACUAUGAGAGAUCCUGGGAGAUAAAUUUUCUGCUGCAUAGUGCAUUCCCAUGAAUGCUUCUGUUUAUAUGCUCUUUUUAGUUUUUGUUGUUUGAUUUUUUAGUUGAUUUGGCUUUGUGCGAGAAUUAGAAUUAGUCAAUAACUGAAGAUCCUUCGGGACUAGAUUCUCUAAAUGAUUCCUUAUUUGGAUGAUAAGUCUGUCCUGUUAUGUCUACAUAUUUUUGCACGAAAAUAACAAUCUGCUUUGACACCAAGCUCAAAGAUUUGAGCUAUUUUAAACCUCUCAAACAUGGAAUGGAUCCCGUAAAUCAUCUAAUCAAUCCCGGUCAAAGUUUGGCAUUGCACCCUUCGGCACGUACCCAGGCAAGAACAUGGCUGAGAAACAGGGGAGCUAAAUAGAGCAGAUCACAAGGUCAAACGUGAUACUUGAAUUUUUUUUAAAAAUGUUCGAUGUGGUACACGUUAAUGACGAAAUUAUAGAUUUACUGUAAAUGGAUUUUUUUGGGGUGUACAAUAGUGUUUCUAUGGUGACUGACCAUAGUAGGAUAUUUGUAGUUUCAAAGUUAUCUAAGCGUUUACAUAUAAAGUAACUUUUGAGAACGCCAGAAAUAAUGGCAACAGGAAUUCCCUACAUUA